ACUAGUCUGGCAUCCGGUCCAACCAGUAACUCCCGAAACACACACACAGCCUUCUCAACGGUUUGAUUGUCAAGCAGUAUGCAUGAGGCCGAUUCAGACCGAGACCGAGGCAGAUGCAGACGCUCUGAGACAGGCUAACAACCAUAGAGAACAGCACCUGUAGCUACAGUAAGUGAAUUGUUUGACAAAGAUCAUCUUAAAUGAUAGCGAUGUUUUCUAAAUUGGUGUUUUCAUAGUGUUGCCGGCUUGUAAACGACAACAACAGAGAAACAUACUGUAUAGUCGAGGUGCGUAAAUCGAAUCAUUGAGGAUGACACACAAGUCUCGACUUGUUUCCAUCGUGGUUCUCUAACCGAUAGAUGCAACCAGUACCGCAGUGAUGGAGAGGGAUCUCCUUAGAAGAGGCACCUUCAGUGGUCCACGUGAGACAGACUGAAGGAACUGAUCCACUCUUGAGGGGGUGGGGGAUAUCAGAUAACCAAAUUCUGGUUUCACCUUUCGCUAAGAAAAACAGGUUGCCUCAACUCAUCCAAUGGAGAGAAACAAUGAGAGGAUGACUGACUGUACAGUUUAGGUGAUACAGUAAAAAAAAAACAAUAAUUGUUCAUCAAAAACAAAACGAUGGGAGAGGGAACAGAGCGAGACAGAUCGUUCUCCAUCCAGGGGAGAAGAAAAUACGAGAAGGACGUAGGAGGAGGGGGUAGAUGCUGGAGCAUCGUGGGACGUCAGUGGGCGUUUGUAAGGGCCACACUGAUAGUGGCUGGCGCCCUACAGUGGCUGGCUCCCAGUGAUCUGCAGUCUCUGCUGCUCCAACUUCAUCUACUUCUACUGCCUCCACAGCCUGAGAGCCAGCUGGCUCCGGGGACACAAGUCAACUCCAAGCAGAGACCUGCUAAUGGGCACCGCUGCAGUGAACGUGCUUAUGACCACUCCGCUGUGGGUGGUCAACACACGGCUCAAGCUUCAGGGGGAAAAGUUCCGCAAUGCAGACCUCCGUCCCACUAACUACUCAGGCAUCAUGGAUGCCUUGGUGCAGAUCAUUGAGGAGGAAGGGGUGGGGGCCCUGUGGAACGGGACAUUCCCCUCUCUCCUGCUGGUGCUCAACCCGGCUGUCCAGUUCAUGAUCUAUGAGGGCUUGAAGAGGCAGAUGAGAAGCUUGGUUCACAGAGCGCUGUUGUCUCUUGAGGUCUUUCUGAUUGGUGCCAAAGCAGUGGCCACCACAGUCACAUACCCACUACAGACUGUACAGUCCAUCCUGAGGUUUGGUCAACACAUGCAGCACACAGGCGGAUCGCCACUUGUCAACAGCCUGAGAAGUGUGAUGCACCUGCUGAUCAUUAGAGUGAGGAAGUAUGGCAUGCUGGGCCUGUUCAAAGGCCUGGAAGCUAAACUCCUACAGACUGUCCUGACCGCUGCCCUCGUGUUCCUGCUCUACGAAAAGAUUGCCAGCAGCACUUUCAGGGUCAUGGGAGUGAAGGGGCCUGCGUCCAGCCACUAGCCUGUCUGUUACAUCAGACAUCCGAUCCCAUAUUGCUCCCUAUCUAUCCCCCCCGUAGCCCUAACCCCUCAAUGUUGGCAUGUCUAAAGGGUCUGGAUAGGUAUAAGCAGUGUAGCUAGGGGUACAUCUUUCACCGUAUUGCUUCUAUCUUACAUAUAUGCAAGUGUCAAAGGGUUAGGGCCAAAGGGAGGGGAAGGGAUCGAACUGAGACUGUACCAGAGAUAUUAGAGAAAGGAUGAGACAGCAGUCCCAUUGGGCAAUGAAUGGGGGAAUGUUUAACGCUUCACCCAGAAGACUGUCGACCAAUCACUUGGUCCAUGCGGUGCAUUCUGGGCAACUCUGGGACAAGAAGAGCUCUCCUUCAAACAGUGAAUGGGAGUCAAUUGGGCGCUAGCUCAAAAUCCCCAAAUUAGCAUCAAUAACCCAAACCCUUUUCCUAACCGUAAUUCUCCUAAUCUGCUGCGUAAAUUCUCCUAACCUGCUACGAAAAGCCAAAUCUGACGUUCAUUUGACAAAAGCUGUAUCCCUUCUAGCCAUGACCGGGCUCUCCUUGUCCCAGGUUUUUUGUCUAUUUAUUUUUAUGUAACUGCCAAUUUUGUGGAAGUAGACACCACUUGUUCCUCAGACUCAUGUGGAUUUCACCAUUUUGUACUUUCUAUGUUCUUCUAAGAUUAGCUGCUUAACUAAAUCCCCAAAUUAUUUAGUGAUGCAUUGUUGCUCUAGUCAAAUCACUGAGACAUUUUUUCAUUGUGUCAUUAACUGUCUCUGACAAACGUAUAGAAUAAUUAAUGGAUGUAAUUAAAUGCAUUGUUGUACAGCACAAUGUCAUGGAUGGAUAAUUCACCAACAUUUCAGAUUCUCAGAAAGGUAGAAAUAAAGUGUUGCUUCUCAAAUAAGUACAUUUUAGCUUUUUUUGACCAUAUGCAUUCACUGUCAUUUUCAGAUUAUCUUUUUAAAAAUCAGUUUUUCCUCUGAUUGCGUACUUCCUUUUACUGAUGUGGAGCGUUUUUUUUUUUUUUUUACAGUAAUAUAAUUCUGGACCAGUAGAUGGGGUCACAGCCCCACAGAAUAAUAAAGGUUUAAAAUGUAGCGUUUACUACGGUGCUAUAUGUUUAAUCAAAUUAUUGGGCUAAACGGGUCCCCCACCAUCGAAGGAAUAUUUGGGAAGGAAUGGUGCCUUGAUCUAUGGAACCAUGGGGAUCCCUACAGCACAGAGAACAGUCCGCAACACAUUGCCAAAUCAACAGGGGUGCCUUCAGGCCAAGCUGACGUUAAAGAGGAGGAUUUUGAGGUGGAAAUCAUAAACAACAGAGACCAACAGGAAAGACCAACAAUAAUUUUAGACGGAGAUGACGACUUAUUGGACAAUGGAAGAGAAGGGCCCUCCAAUGAGUAUCCAUCCUUUGAUUCCUUCCGCCAGGACAGGCCAGGAAGACGGGAUAAACAGGUACGGGAGAUGUCAACUACGGAUGUCUCCACAGGACACACUUUACGUUUCAUAUCCAUCGACGGAGUGGAGGAGGAAUAUGGCGAACAUGUAUUUCCCAUUGAGGACGAUGAGACGAACGAGUUCCUACCAGACGAUACCGAGCUGUUGCCCAACGAAGGACAAGAUGAACACAUCACAAAGCCAACGUAUGCAAAGAAGUCUUUAGCAAAGUCAAAAAGCAAAGCUAGAAAGACUGCUAGAAAGACUGCUGGGAAGACUAAGACUUUCAGUUACUUUAAUAGGUUUAACUUACACUCCCAUAGUAAAUCCGACACAAACAAGUUAAGUUGUGUGAUUUGUAAGAAGACUUUCUUGCGGCAGAACCAUCUGACGAUGCAUAUGAGAUCUCACAAAUCGCUGUACUGCAGUGUGUGUAAGAACUGUUAUCCUGGGAAAACUCAGCUCAAAAAACACAAGUGUGUUGCUCCCGAUUAUCUGGCCUCGAACAGCUCAAAGUACUUUUGCCAUUACUGCGGCAAGUCUUUCAGCUGUCCGUCAAGCCUGAGGAUACACCACCUGGUGCACACGGGAGAGAGACCCCACACGUGCACUGUCUGCGGGAGAGGAUUCACACAGAAGGGCAAUCUGAAGUGUCACAUGCGCCUUCACACUGGUGAGAAACCGUACAAAUGCCUCACAUGCGAAAUUGGUUUCACCCAGAAAGUAUACCUCACUCAGCACUUGGCCAAAGCUCACGGUGAAAAGGAAGAUGAUAAGAAAAAGAAGCAAGUGCACAAAUGUUCUAAGUGUCAGUUGUCUUUUGUCAAUCAGCAACUGCUCCAAACACACAUGACCGUUCAUAAAAAUAAAUGAAGUAUUUUUGGUUGAUUGCAAUACUCUUGACUUAAAGGGGCAAGCUGCAGUAGCUACAUCUAUUUUGGGACUUAGAAAUUAUGUACUCAUUUAUUGCUGAAGAAUAUAACUUAAUGCCUCAUGAGCUUAGUUGAACUGUUGUACCCCAUCAGAACCCAACAUAAACAAAGUAAAUAAACACAUUUGUUAUUUAGCAGACGCUCUUAUCCAGAGCGACUUACAGGAGCAAUUAGGGUUAAGUGCCUUGAUCAAGGGCACAUCGACAGAUUUUUCACCUUGUCAGCUCUGGCAUUUGAUCCAGUGACUUUCGUUUACUAGGGCAACACUCUUAACGACUAGGCUGCCACCCUAAAUAGCCUCAAAACAUGGAUAAAACUAUAAUUUUGAUGGUCAGUCCUUGCAUCGAUAGCUCUAUGAAUUUGAGUUGUUAGCCUACAUUUCUCCAGGCCCAGCCCUCAGCUUUUUACCGAAAAGGGUGGGGAGGCCUCUCAUCUGAACCGCUGAUUGCCCCUUUAAAGGAUUGUGUGCCUGCUCUGCUCAAACUGGAGAACCAAAUACUGUCUAGUGUAUGUCAUACUUCACAAUAUUGGAGCGACCUUAACGUCACAUAGCGACCUUGUCAAGGGGUUUGGAUCUGGACGCUGGACCUGGGAGUCCGUGGGGAGACCCCCCACCCAAAAUACACUACAGUAUGUUGUAGGCUUUAUUUGUCUGAAUUCGCUACAACACUAACAUGUUAUGAUUUACCUACAAUAAAAGUAAAUUGAAGUCUUAUUUUGCAAAGAACGUGGCGCAUGAGUAUUGCAAUGUUUACCUACCACUAGCCUGUUCUAUAUUUUAGGCUCAAGGAAUUAACUUGCCAAUGUUUGAUGCAAGCUGGCACUGUAUCUGCAUUGUCCUCUAUACGUUGGUACAAAUGACAUAAGAUAUCAUUAAAUGGAUGUUUUCAAGUUCUGUUCCCAGCAGUGCAUUUUAUACUUGUUUUGUACAUAAGGCUUCUAUGAUUGUGUCAGUUGUUUUCCUGGAAUAUAUUCAUCUACUGUAAACUUAGUUUGCUUUCAUAAUUAAAACACCAUUAAUGGUAUACAAUUUCAAUCAUUUAAUCAUUGCCAUGUUUACAUUUUUAUAACAUAUGGAGUACAAAUAAGUAAAUGUAUUACUGUACCCAUUUAAUUCAUUACAGAUAAUUAUUUGGCACAUGUUUACAUGACCGGUCUACUACACUGGCAUUCUUCACAGUAGCACAAACAACUGGUAUCUGGACCACCACUGUUUAACACAAACAGUACAUGUCUUUAGAGAUAUUUCAAAAAUGUCUAUUCAUCUAACAGUGGGGCAUCUAGUCUCUUGCCAAUUGUGGGACAACAAGGCAGUGUUUGUGUGCAAUCCUACAGACAGAGCAGAGUGAAAACUUGAAUGGAACAGUUCUCUGCCAUGUAGUGAAGAGUAACAGCUUGAUCAUGUUCAUUAGGGCACACAGUAGCAAAAAUGAUAACUUUA